AUGCUUCGCACCUAUCUCCUAUGUCCGUUCGUUUUUUUACUUUUUGGUCUGAUUAUCCCGUUGGUUAGGGCUAAAGCUCCAUAUCUUCGAGAUCGUCCGAGAGGUCUCGGACUUCUUCAACUACCAACUGGAAUGUCAGAUGAAAGAUCCGGUCCAAUCCUUCCUGGACUUUACAUUGCAGGAAACAAAGUUAAUGAGAAACCACAGACUGUUCCAGAUGUCCAUCUUCCCGGUCAACCAGCUGUUUUCUCUGGAAGAUCUGCUUUCAACCCUUUCACUCAUAUGGUUUCUGCUGUAUACGCUGAAGAUUUGUCUGAUGGUUGGGGAGCUGGAAUGGCUGUUAAUGGUGUCAACAACCACGGCUUGAACGUUCGUAAAAACUUCGAUUCCUAUGCUGAUGUUCCAUUGAAUUUGAACGAUGGAAUGUAUCAACCAUUCAUUUCUGCAUUCACUGUUGGAGGAGAGUAUGAUCCAUCAAAGAUUCGAGAAGUUUCUGGAUCAUUGGAUCUCCCUAUUCCGGGAAUUAAUGAAUUGUUCGAUAUGAAUGGAAGAAUUAUGACCAAGCAUGCACUUAUCGUCAACGGAGCUCUUGAAUUCCCAUUGACUUUGUCAGAUCCAAACGAGAGAGCUCCUUAUACUUUCAAGUAUGCUGUGUGGGCUCCGGAUCGUCAUAUGGCAUACGGUCAUGUUAUGCCAAAUGUGAAUUUGUUUGUUGUUGGAAAAGACAAGAUUAUGGAACGAUUGAUGCAGAACAGAUUGAAUCCUACAAUGAUUGGAUAA